AGAACCCACAAAUUUGCAGAAGUACUGUUGUUUCUCUACUCCCUAGGCAUAAUGCAUUUUCCCCGUGUGGUUACAAGCUGUGGGUCGUUUACCACACCGGAUCAUAACAAUUAUAAUCCUUCUUUGCAAAUUCCACACGGUCUCAAUCAUGGUGGUGACAAUCUGAGCGCAGUGGGGGAGAAGUAUAAGAAGAAUAUCCAGGCCUUGGUGCCCUCUCAAUCGCAGGUAACGCCCCACUUUCAUCAAUUUCCUAAAGAACAGUGGGUUGGUGGAGGACGAGAAAUGGGCCUCGAAAUGAAACGAUUUGUUCAUGGUGGUUCGGUUGCAUUGCGUUGUUCGUCGUUCAAGGAGAUCCACUCGCUCUCGGAAAGGGUGAGGCGUACUGAAAUGAAUCAAUUGUUUGCAGAAAUGAAUUCCUUGUUGCCAAGUUCAGCUGUUAAGAGAAGUAAGGCGUGCAUAGUGUCAGACAUUGUAGACUACAUUCAAUAUCUCCAGCACCAGUUAGCCCUUCAUUCUAGUCAAAAUGGAGGUCCCAAAUUGCCUCUUAAAACGGGCAGCAGAAGUCCUCGGUUGAAAAAUGAAUCCAUACCAGAAAUGGAGGCUCCCUCUUCUGAUUGUGGUAAAUCUGAUUCGAUGCCAUCCUCAAACACCAAGUCUGUGAACGAAAAUCUCAAUGUGUUCUACAACGGCAAAGACAUUUUUAUUACAAUGAAGUGUGUGAUGAAGGUGAAUGUUCUCACUUCUCUCAUAUAUGCAGUGGAGUCACACAACAUACAAGUAAUCAAUGGCUUCGUUUCUACCACCGAUACAGUAGCAUUUCACUGUCUCCAUGCAAAGGUUACAGAUAUUUUAACUCCAGAGGCGAAAGAAACAUUAUAUGGAAAUCUGAUGAAGCUUAUGAAAUCUGAGUUUAUGAUAAGCUUAAAAUCCGAGUGAAGAAGUCCUAAAGGCUUAUGAAAACAAUAUUUAUUUGUCAGGUCAUUUAAUUAU